AUGCAAGCAGUUAAGAAUUCAUUUAUGGUAUUAGUUUCGAUAAUGUGUAUGUUAGUCAUAUCAGCUGAACGAGAGCAACAAAUGUCCCUACUUGUACAGAGGCAGCGCAAGUUCCAGCUCUCCUCCUGUCGCGGAAGAAAGAAGGCGGUAUUGAUCGGUAUCAAUUAUAUAGGCUCUGAUUCAGAAUUGAGAGGAUGUAUCAAUGAUGCUCAGUCAAUGCGAGCACUUCUCACCACGCAAUUUAACUUUAGCGAGGACAACAUGUUAGUCUUGACCGAUGAUCAGCCUGUAGAUGGUCAGCUGUACCCCACCAAAAAAAAUAUGAUCGCUGCAAUGAAAUGGCUCGUCCAGGAUUCUCAGCCUAAUGAUUCAUUAUUUUUUCACUAUAGUGGACAUGGCGGUAGUGUUAAAGAUUCUAACGGUGAUGAAAUAGAUGGCUAUGAUGAAACGAUUUUUCCGGUUGACUUUAGAAACUAUGAAGCUGGUACAGGUCAACUUGUUGACGAUGAACUCCAUGAACUCUUAGUCAAACCAUUGGUCGAAGGCUGUCGUUUGACAUGCGUGUUCGACAGUUGCCAUUCUGGAACAGUAUUAGACUUACCAUAUGUUUACUCAACUUUCGGAACCCUUCAAAGUGGCGUCCGCCACGAAGCUAGUAAAAAAGCUUCUCUUACUGCCAGUUCCUCUUUCAUUAACAGAAAGUUAGCUAGGUAUUCCUCUUUGGGUUCGGAAGGGAGCAGCCACAAAGAACAAAACGCAUUUGUAGACCAAAAAGAAACGAACGAGCAGCGACUUUUCUCUCCUGCGGAUGUCAUUUUGUUUGCAGGCUGCAGAGAUGAUCAAACCUCAGCCGAUGCUCAAAUGGCUGGCCAAGCUGCUGGUGCGAUGAGUUACGCUUUUAUAAAAACUCUGAAAGCAAACCCUGAACAAUCAUACAUGUCGUUGUUAAACAAUGUUCGUAACAUUUUGAAGAACGAAUUUUCGCAGCGUCCUCAAAUGAGCACAUCCCACCCAAUAGAUCCUAAUUCCAAGAAAACUCCAGCUGAACUUCUUCGCCAACACCAACGCGCCAUCACCAAGGCUCAAAGAGAACUAGACCGGGAAAGAGAAAAACUAGAACGACAAGAAAAAAAACUUAUUUUGGAUAUCAAAAAAGCUGCGAAAGCAAACCAAAUGGGAGCGUGUAAAGUCAUGGCCAAAGAUUUGGUGCGUACACGACGCAAUGUACAAAAGUUCUAUCAAAUGAAAACUCAGUUGCAGGCAAUCGGCCUACGCAUUCAAACUUUGCGUUCAAGCCAACAAAUGGCAGAAGCUAUGCGAGGAGCCACAAAGGCCAUGGGUUCAAUGAACCGUCAAAUGAAUUUACCUCAAAUUCAAAAGAUUAUGAUGGAUUUUGAAAGGGAAAGUGAACUGAUGGACAUGAAAGACGAAAUGAUGGGUGAUGCUAUAGAUGACGCUUUUGAAGAAGACGAAGAUGAAGAAGAAAGUGAUGAAAUUGUCAACAAAGUGUUAGAUGAAAUAGGAAUAAGUCUAAAUCAAGAGGUAAAGAAUUCUAAUAAAAAGUUGAAAAGUGAGUUGGGAGAGGUUCCUACGGGCUUGAAACAUUCAGAGCCUGUAACAGUUUCUUCUACAGAAAAAGUGGCUCAAACAGAAGGGUUGUCGGCUGAUGAUGCUGCUUUACAAGCGCGAUUAGAUAAUUUGAGAAGAGAAUAA